ACACACAUAUACCCAAACCUAGCUUAUAAGCUUGCUAGCUCCGCAUACAGCUUACCUAAUUUACAAACCAAAGGAUAAAAAUGGGUCCGGCGUCGAUUAAGUGUUUUUGCUCUCUUCUGAUCAUAAUGCUGCUUCUUGCCGGCAUUGCUCCGGCCGCUAUAUGCCGUCAAACGCCACAAAUUUCAGAAGCCACCCUAACUUCCUUCCACCCGCCGCAGAGGUAUGCAAAAAUAUAUGCGACUCUGGGGGUAGUGUGCAAAUGUAGGGAUGAGAACAAUAAUGAAGGUGAACAACACAUGAGCAGAAGGAUUGCUACUACUGCUGCUGCUACAACUACAACUACAACAACAGGGAGCAAGAAGAAGAAGUAUUCUUGCUCUAACCUCCAAUGCCUUCCUUGGAAAAAGCACUAAAUUUUCUCAAACACACCUAUAUUGCUGCGCUACCUGGUGCUGCACACCCAAUUAUCUAUAUAUCUAUCUGUCUAUUUAUAUA